AUGGGUUGCUGUAACAAGCUGUGUGGGCUAAAGGCUGGAAUUGGGGCUGGAAUUGCGGUGGCCAUAUUAGGUAUAAUCCUUAUCCCCAUGGGGAACAAUAUCAUCCGUGAGACUGUUACAAAGGAAUCGGUCAUCGAGCCUGGGACCACAGCCUGGGACAACUGGGUGUCUGCAGACGCACCUGUGUACAGACAGUUCUGGCUCUUCGACGUGCAGAACCCACUGGACGUGGUGGAGAAUGGGUCAAAGCCAAAAUUGGUGGAGAAAGGGCCCUACACAUACAAGACGCGGUACCUGCCCAAAGAGAACAUCACGGCCAACCCAGAGAGCCACACCAUCUCCUUCCUGCUCCCUGCGGGGGCCAUAUUUGAGCCCUCCAUGUCUGUGGGGUCUGAGGAGGACAGUGUCACCUCCCUCAACCUGGCUGUGGCUGGUGGGUACAAGUUGUUUCCCCCAUGGGCACUGGAAGCUGCAAUAAAGUUAAACAAUGUCUCACUCUUCCAGCGACGGACAGUGAGGGAAAUACUCUGGGGUUACAAAGACCCCAUUCUGAAAGGGACACUGGGCCUCUUUUUUCCUUACAACGGCACCUAUGACGGGCCAUACAGUGUCUUCACAGGCAAGGAUGACAUCUCUAAAGUGUCUAUCAUUGACAGCUGGCAGGGGGAAAAAAAGGUGUCUUUCUGGAACAACACAUACUGCGACAUGAUCAACGGCACAGAUGGCUCGUCAUUCUCUCCCUUCCUGGACAAGAAGAAGCCUCUGUACUUCUUCUCCCCUGACAUCAGCAGGUCUGUGUCAGCUGAGUAUGAGAGGAGCCUGGACCUGAAGGGGAUCGAGGUGUACCGGUUCAAACUGCCCCCGCUCACCCUAGCCUCCCCUGCAGUCAACCCAGACAACCAGUGCUUCUGCACAGACUCUGUGGUCACUAAGAACUGCACAUUGGCCGGAGUCCUGGACAUCAGCUCCUCUCGUGGACAACCAGUCUACAUCUCCCUGCCUCACUUCCUGCAUGGUAGUCCAUACCUGGUUGAAGAUGUGGAGGGCCUUGGUCCUAGUGAGGAGCAUCACGUCACGUUCCUGGAUGUGGAACCGACCACAGGGUUCAGUCUGAGGUUCGCUAAGAGACUGCAGGUGAACAUGAUGUACGGCCCCUCCAAGAUCAUCACGGUGUUAAAGAAAGUGAAAGAUUACACCAUACUCCCUAUAGUUUGGCUAAACGAGACGGCAUCCCUGGAUGACGAGACAGCGGACAGGUUUAAGAAGGAGCUGUUAUCUCGUGUUGACAUGUUGGAGACGGUGCAGUUCACGCUGAUAGGCUUAGGGUCAGCAGCCUUUGUACUCUGCAUAGUGGCACAUUGUUUGGUAAGCAGAAACAACAACAAGCGUGUGUGA